AUUAUUUACAUAAUCAUGGGCCUAACUACCUACAGCAUAAAUGAGCUGGUAGAACAUACGUACAUUGUCAUUUCUGUCGAUCGCCGGACCGUGGGCAGUGAAACAGCGCCCUCUUUUUGCUUGCAACAGGCAGGGCGCAGUGUGGUGAAUUAUUUUUUUCCAAACAAUAUCCGCAUUGCAAACAGGACGCUCCAUAGCCACAGCGGUGUAGAUCUGAUCGACCGUGGCAACAUUCAUGACUCGCAUUCGUACGUGUGUACUGCUACUAGAUUGGAAAAGAUGAGCAUUGAGGGAAGAUUUGUCGAUGAAACUUCUUUUAUUAGAAGUAUGAAAGAUGUCCGUGACGAUUCAUCAGAGACCAACCUACUAAUUAUUGGUCAUGUAGAUGACAAUCCUCACCGCCUCGAUGUGGUGCACACAGGAUCAGAUGUUUCACAAAUGAGUGAGCUACUGAAAGACAACCAAGUGAUGUAUGUCUUAGCAAAGCUUACCACUACAUAUGACCUGUCAACUACUGUUAAAUUUGUCUGUGUUCACUGGAUUGGAACAGAAGUGCCCUUUUCAAAGAGAGGACGUUAUGGGGUCAUAUAUAAUUCUGUGGCAAGUCAAUUGGCACCUUAUCAUGUGGAACUCGAAGCAGACUCAACUUCUGAUAUCACUGAAGAAAAGAUGCUUCAAAAGCUGGAAGAAGCAGCAGGAACCAUAUCCAAAGUUAUGGAAAUAAGUGACAUAGAGGGUAGACAGGAAAGAGGUUUUACACAAACACAAUUGCAGAAUACUUCAGGUAGAAUUGCUGGCAAAUCAAUUACAACUACAAAAAUGGCUGCAGUGAGUUCUCGGGGUGCACCAGUAACUUUUUCGCCUGAUGUUUCUGAUGCAAUAGCUGAUGUGAGAUCAGACGACAGUCCAACAAACUGGUUGCUUGCUGGGUAUGAAGGAGGGAAUCCUAAAUCACAAAUAUUGAUGGUCAAGUCUGGAGUUGAUGGUCUUGCUGGACUGACAGAGUUGUUGAAGACUGAUUUGGUGUAUUAUGGAUUGUUGCGAGUCAGUGAUGAAAUAGAUGACAUCCGUACAGUCAAAUUUGUAUACAUUACUUGGGUUGGUAAUGAGGUGAAACCAAUGACAAAAGCCAAGGUGGCAACCCACAAGGGCAUUUGUGGUGAGAUGUUCAAACCAGCACACAUUGAGGUGUAUGCAUCAGAAUUGGCAGAUUUAUCAGAGACAGAGAUAAUUAACAAGGUGAAGGCAGCAUCUGGGACCAGGUCUUAUGUAAGGUCUUAGAAAUUCAACACCAUCACAAUGCACUAUCUGGUACAUAAUUAUGUUGGGGGCCCAGGGAGAUUUGGUCAGGCUUGUAGAGUCAAUGAUAAACAAAAAGUAGGUUACACCACUGCUGAACACACAACUUUGAAAGUUGUCGUGUCAGCAGAUGGAAGUUGCUUAGCAGCUCGUAUGGAAACUCCAUUAGGUGAUUUGAUUGACCACUGAAAUCAGCACAGUGGGCAUUCACCUAGUUCCACCAGCUGAUUCCCUGGUACAAUAAGUCACAUUUGUAAUAAUUACAUUAAUUAUGUAUUUUAUGAUCUGCCACAUAAUAUUAUUACAUGUAAUAUGGAAUCAUCUCAUGUCAGCGACAAUCCUGAUAUCACAUGGUACAUAAUCACUAUAUUUUUCUAUAUUAUUUAAUUAAAAGGGGAACAAAGUUGGAAAAUCUUUCUAGCUCUAUUAUUUACUAAGGAAGUAACAUUUUAAUGAGAUGGUUUUAUGCAAUUAUAUUAAUGCAAGAGGGAUAUAUUGGUUUAAAAAAUCAUGAUAGAAAAAGUGUUUAAGUAGUGUUAGAGUAAUAUUAACAAUCAGGCGCCUGACGAACAAAUUUAAAAAAAGAGACAGAGUAGCAGCUAAUGAAGAUGUCAACUGCCACAUCUCGGCACCCCACCAACAAAAGUCUAUAAACAGCUGUCAUCGGACAAAAGAUAAACAUCCACUGAUGGGAUAUUUGAUAAUAGAGUUCUCUUAUACAUUGAGGCCCCCCCCCCC